AUGGUCAAACCCCUAACAUUCAAAGGCGACAAGCCUAAAAAACGCAAGAUCCGCACCGAACCCACCGAACCUCAAGCCUCAAAAUCCCGCAAAACAGCCACCUCCCCAGAACCCGAAGAGCCUUCCCCAGACGACCAAAGCUGGGUCUCCGCCGACGCCCCAAGCGACAUCUCCGGGCCCGUCGUCAUAGUCCUCCCCUCCGACGACCCAUCCUGUAUAGCAAGCGACCCGAACGGCCAAGUCUUCGCCAGCAAGCUCGAGAACCUCGUUGACAACGACCCGGCCACCGCGGAGCCGCACGAUGUGCGCCAGGUCUGGGUAGCGUCGCGGGUUGCCGGGACGGAGUCGUUUAGUUUCAAGGGGCAUCAUGGGAAGUACCUCUCCUCCGAUUCACAUGGUCUCCUUAGUGCUACCGCGUCGGCGGUCAGCCACUACGAAUCCUUUCUCAUUAUUCCGUCGCCGGAGGUUUCUGGGACAUUCUCGCUGCAAACGCAUGGCGGAGAUGGCGAGCUGUUCGUCUGCGUGAAGGAGAAUAGUAAGGCUACGGCUGGUGUUGAAAUUCGGGGGGAUGCGGACUCGAUUUCGUUCGAGACGACUGUGCGCGUGCGCAUGCAGGCGCGGUUCAAGCCGAAGCUACGGGCUACUAAGGAGAGUAAGGCUUAUGAGAAGAUUAGUAAGAAGGAGUUGGAGGGGAUGGUUGGGAGGGGGUUGACUGAUGAUGAGGUUAAGAGGUUGAGGAAAGGGAGGAAGGAGGGGAAUUUCCAUGAGGUAUUGCUGGAUGUGAAGGUUAGCGGGAAACAUGAUAAGUGGGCUUGA